AUGGAGAGAAACAUUAGUAGUGACAAAGGUAAACAAAUCAUCAAGGAGAAGGAAGAUGAAAGAGAAAAGAAAAUGUCUAAUUGUUUUCCAAAUGAUUUGAUUAUGGAAAUUAUCAAGAGGGUUCCGCUCAAGUCUGCCGUAAGGAUGUGCAGCGUCUCAAAAAGUUGGCACAACAUGAUUUGCACUGAAUAUCUCAGUGGACAGUUCUUAUCUCAUUCUGUGGCAAACCCUCGCAUUUUAUUCACAUCAUUCGUAACUGAUGUCAUAAAACAACACAAGGCGCCAAAGAAGAAAAUCGCCUACCGUUGGUUCCACUCCGUACUCCAAAAAAAGCCACCGGAGCUGUGGAACCAAAACCAAAUCCCUCUUCCACGCUUGGAGUGUAAUUCCAUUCAGUCCAUUAAUAUGAUCUCUCAAAUGGUUCUUGGCUUAGUGUGCUGUUUCGACAGAAACGGAAACUCGGUGAUAUGCAACCCUGGUUGUGGCGGAGCGUAUAAGGAUUUACCAAAGGUCAAUGUAUCAAUGGAAGAGGGGACCUAUUUCUUUCUUGGAUUUGACGAAAAAGGCCAACAAUUCAAGAUCCUAUGCGUGAUUCGGGGUCCAUCUCGCAUGGAGACUCAAGUUCUAUCGCUCGUGGAUGAAAAUAGUUCGUGGCGAAGGGUGGAUUGCGAGACUCCACAUAAUUGUAUAUACCCCGGCCCCUGUCUAGUUGGUAAACUUUACUACGGAGCCUAUUAUUUGACGGAUGUGAAUUCCUUUUUCGUAAUGAGCUUCGAUCUAAACACGGAAGAGUUCAGCGUUAUUGAAGCACCCUCAGAGGCCACAGGUGCUACAUUGGUGAAAAUUAACAACAAAUUAGCCCUUAUCAGAGACAUUCCAAAUCAACACUCUCGUCCUAUUUGGAUUUUUGAGGCAGCAGGAACAUGGUCCAAACUACCAUAUGAGAUUCCUGAAUUCACUGAUGUCACUCUUUUUGGAAAGUACUACAAAUGCAUUGGUACCAUUGGCAACGACCAGUUUGUAUUCGCAAGGGCAGAAGCCGUUGAGCUUUCUGCGAAAAUACUUGUAAUUAGCUCGGGUAUUAGACAGAUAUUUUACAAAUAUUGUUAUCGUGUGGAUUCAGAGGGUCAGCUCUACGUAGGCUUUGUAACAACCGCUGGAAAACUCGUGGCUAAGUACAUUAACAAAGGAGAAGUCUUCGUUUUCCCUAAAGGACUUCUCCAUUUCCAGACGAAGAUUGCUAAGUCGGCUCCAGCUUCUGUAAUAGCAGCUUUCGAUAGCCAGUUGCCUGGAACACAAUCACUAGUGUCCUCUCUCUUUGGAGCUCUCCCUGAAGACAUUCUAGUUAAGUCAUUCCAGUUCAGACCCAAACAAGUUAAGAGGAUCAAGUCUAGAUACCAACCCAAGAAAUGA